GUGCCUGGCAGGGCCGAAGGUCACCCAGUUGGAGCUUCUGCGCCAGCACCACGGUGCUCAGAGGGUCCUGGACGCCAGGCAGGCUUGGACCCGCCCCUGGGCUGUCUGCUGCCGAGAUGGGGACCUGGCCCCUGCUGCUCCUGCUGCUCGUGGCCACAGCCCAGGCCCAGGUCUGCUCUGUGAACCAGACCUUCUUCGAGAUCGAGGAGAACACGACUCUCAGCGCGCCCCUGCUGGACAUCUAUGUCCCCGAGGACCAGCAGGUGACCCUCGGACCCUCGUCCACUCUCUUUGCCUUUCGCAUCCGGGGGACUCAGCUCUUUCUCAACAUAACUCCGGACUACGAGGAGAACUCGAUGCUGCAGGCACACCUGGAGUGCAAGAGAGGGGACACUGUGGUGACCCAGCUGAGGGUGUUUGUGUCUGUGCUGGAUGUCAACGACAACCCGCCCGUGUUUCCCUACAAGACCAAGCAAUGGGGGGUGCCCGAGGACACCAAAGUGAAAGCCACCGUCAUCCCUGAGACGGAGCUGGAGGCCCAGGACCGGGACAGAGAUGACAUCUUGUUCUAUACCCUCCAGGAAGUGACACCGGGUGCCAGUGACUUCUUCUCCUUGGCGGGCGUAAACCGCCCAGCCCUGCAGCUGGACCGGUCACUGGACUUCGAUGCGUUGCCAAGGAUGACCUUCCAGCUGCUGGUCCGGGACACACAGGAGGAGAACAAGCAGCCCAGCCACUCGGCCACAGCCACCUUGAUUCUGGAGGUGCAGCCUGCAGACCUGCGGCCCCCCUGGUUCCUGCCUUGCGUCUACUCAGAUGGUCACGUCUGCAUCCAAGCCCAGUACCACGGGGCUGUGCCCACAGGCCACAGACUGCCAGGCCCCCUCACCCUGCGACCGGGGCCCAUCUACGCCGUGGACGGAGACCGGGGCAUCGACGAGCGUAUCAUCUACAGCAUGGUCACGGGACAUGAGGACGGCACGUUCUCCAUCGGUGCCGACUCGGGCAACCUCACCAUGGCCAAGAGCAUCCCCAGCCCCCAGACCUUCGUUCUGAUGGUCAAGGGGGAGCAGGCGGACGGCGCUCGCUACUCGGUGACCCAGGUCACGGUGGAGGCCCUGGACGCCAACGGGAGCCUGCCCCGCUUCCCGGAGAGCCUGUACCGCGGCACCGUGGCGCUGGGCUCCGGGCCGGGCGUGGCAGUCCAGGAUGCAGCCGCCCCGCCCCAGCCUCUGAGGAUCCGGGCCCAGGACCCUGAGUUCCCCGACCUCAACUCGGCCAUCACGUACCGAAUCACCAACAAUUCCAACUUCCGAAUGGACGGGGAGGCCGUGCUGACCAGCGCCCUGCUGAUGCAGGCUGGGGUCUUCUACGCAGAGGUGGAGGCCACGAACACGGUGACCUCAGGCACAGCGACCACGGUCCUGGAGGUUCAAGUCUCGGAACAGGAGCCCAGCCCCACAGGCCCCUCAGGCCCCCCCACACCCCCAGAGACUGCAGGAACGACCAGACCCUCGAGCAGCACCACUGCGGAAGCUCCCCGGCCCCCUGAGCCCUCGCAGGGGUCCUCCACGACCAGCUCUGGGGGGGGCACUGGCCCACGCCCCUCCCUGGGAACAACUCUGAGGCCACCUGCCACCUCCGUGCCUGAGGGGCCCCCCAGUACGGGAACCAGCCCCCCUCCCCCAUCAGCCUCACCCAGUGGGGGCUCAGCGACCAGACCCUCGAGCAGCACCACUGCGGAAGCCCCCCAGUCCCCUGAGCCCUCGCAGGGGUCCUCCACGACCAGCUCUGGGGGGGACACUGGCCCGCACCCCUCUCCAGGCACAACUCUGAGGCCACCUACCUCCUCCAUGCCUGGGGGGCCCCCCGGUAUGGGAACCAGCCCCUCCCCCCCAUCAGCCUCACCCGGCGGGAGCUCAGCACAGACCUCAAAGCCAGGAACCUCUCUGCCGACAUCCCCUGGGUCCAGCAGGAACCCCUGGUCCUCAGGGACGCCGGUGAACGAAGAAAGCAGCACUGCAGCGAAGCCAAUCUCAAACGGGGACAGGCGCUUCUCGACUGUGGAGAUGGCGGUGCUAGGCGGGGUGCUGGGCGCGCUGCUCCUUCUGGCUCUGAUCGCCCUCACGGUCCUUGUCCACAAGCACUAUGGCCACCGACUCAAGUGCUGCUCCGGCAAAGCUCUGGAGCCCCAGCCCCAAGGCUUUGACAACAAGGCUUUCCUCACCAAAGAUGAGGCCAACUGGGAGCCCGCCCCUAGUCCCCCACCCAGCCCUGCCCCGCCAGCACCCCCAAAGCCCGCACCCCCAGAUGCUGAGCCCCAAGAGCCUUCGCCCCACAGCCCCGCGCCCUCUCACCGUGUCCCUGAGUCCCCUGCGGUAGCCCCGGAUGGGGGCAGCCCGGCAGCCGUGAGGUCCAUCCUGACCAAGGAGCGGCGGCCUGAGGGCGGCUACAAGGCUGUGUGGUUCGGGGAGGACAUUGGGGCUGAGGCCGACGUGGUGGUCCUCAACACGCCAGGCUCGGAGGUGGAUGGCGCCGGCGACUCGGGCAGCGAGGGCGGUGGCGACGAGGGUGCAGACGCGGGCCCGGGCGGCCGUGGCCAGGACGCCCCGGGCACUGACUCCAUCUACUUCUAGCGCUGCUUCCCCGCGGCCCCAGCGAGUCCGGACGCCGACAAUCGGCUCGGCCCCUCUCCCCAACUCCAUUGCCCAGAAUAAAGUGACAUUGUGGGA